GUUGUCUGAAGAAGGUCAUGCUUUUUUCAUAAAAGCUGGUUGUGAUUUGAAGGAUUGGCCAAUGGAUGCUCAUGAAGGCUACUCGGCAAUCUCACUAAUGGGGAACAAUCUUAACAAGCUUCCUGAAACUUUGGUAUGUUCUGAACUCCAAAUUUUACUGCUGCAAAAUAAUGAUGGUAUAUCUGAAAUUCCAGAAACUUUUUUUCAAAGUCCAAAUGCACUAAGGGUCUUUGAUCUUAGCUAUACUGGUAUUUCAGUACUACCCUCUUCAUUCAAUCUCCUCACCAACCUCCAAGCCUUGCAUUUGGAUUGUUGUAAUAGAAUAACUGACAUAUCCGUACUUGGGAAGCUGAAGAAAGUUGAGAUUCUUAGUUUGAGAAAAUUUCCUCAUAAGGAUUUGCCGAAAGAGAUAGGAAAUUUGACCAGCCUAAGGAUGCUGGAUGUCACUGGUGGACGUGUUCACAAAAUUCCAUCUAAAGUGAUAUCGAGGUUGUAUAGACUGGAAGAAUUGUAUAUGAGAUGUGAAUUUGGUGAUUGGGGAAGUAAAGUCGAGGAAGCAGUAGGAGAAACAAAUGCCGACUUUGAUGAGAUAAUUGGCUUGUCCCAUCUAAACAUUUUGAAGGUUUACAUAUCUGAUGCCGCUUGCUUACCCAUAGAUAUUGGGAACUUUGAGCUAAAUUGGAUAAAAUUUGACAUAUGCAUCAGCAGAUAUUUCUCAUCAGAGUUGAUGCUUUCUUCAAAUGAGCAACCUUCAAGAACCUUGACUCUUGACAGAACAAUCAAUGGCUUAUCGGAUUGGUUUAUCAACAUAGUGACCGAGAAAGCAGAAAGACUAGAGUACAGAGAGGGUAAGGGAUUAAACAACAUUCUUGAGGAAUAUGAGCAUGGGAGAUUACAUGGGCUGAAACAUCUCUCUUUAAUUGGGUGCCAUGAGAACUUGGAAGGGUUGAUAGAUGCAACAACUUGGGAUCCAAGUAAACCUGUGUUCGAGAGCUUGGAGGAGUUACAUCUCCUUCACUUGCAAUGCCUCAAAGAGUUAUGUGUUGGCGAAUUGCCAGUUGGGUCUCUAUGCAAGCUUAAGUUGUUGAAAGUGCAAACUUGUCGUAACUUGGUAAAUGCACUUUUGCCACCAAAAUUGUUGCAGAGACUAACAAAUCUAGAAACCAUAUUUUGUGUAAAUAUGGAACACAUGAAGUAUUUGUUUGGAUCUGAAGGGCUUGACCUCGGAACGAUUCUUUUGACAAAAUUGAGUGAGAUGAGAUUGUGUGCUCUGUUCGAACUCAUAAGCAUCUGGAAUGGUCCCGCUCCCCGUGCAGUCUUUGGGAAUCUUAAAGUUUUGGCAGUCUGCAAGUGUACAAAACUGAAAAUUCUAUUCCCAUUUGAUGUAGCUCAGUCUCUUGUGCAAUUGGAAGACCUCUCUAUAGAGCGCUGCCCCAACUUGGCUAGAGUUAUUGAAGCAAGCAACAGCUUCGACAGAUAUAUCUUUUUUCCACAAUUGAAGAAAUUAGCUAUGAUAAAUCUUUCAGAGCUAACAUGGUUCUGCACUGAAAAUGGUUCUAUGGGUAUCGAGUGCCCUCUAUUGGAAUACUUGUACGUGGAUGAGUGCCCCCAGUUCAAAAACACUGCUUCUGCUUCUGUUAUACUCAAUGAUCAACAGCAUUUGAAUUCUCUAGCAAAAAGAUGGGAGGAUAUGCAUAAGCUUUAAGAGAGCUGAUGCAGGGAAAGGCAUAAGAAAGAGAUGCUCAGCGGUAAUUAUAUGCUCUUUCUUUUUUUGAGAAAGAACUAUAUGCUCUUUCAUUCCAUCACAUAAUCAAAACAGUUCUUGUUCUGUUUUACUUCUGUUAUCAACAAUAUUUCCCAUGUAGUUGUAAAGUAAUUUAAUGGCUUCAUGAUGCUUUUCAACAGU